AUGCCAGCGGAAAAAUCAAUAUACGAUCCUAAUCCGGCCAUCAGCCAAAAUGCCUACAUAUCCAGCUUCGAGGAGUACCAGAAGUUCUACCAGGAGUCGCUAGACAACCCGGCCGAGUUCUGGUCCCGUGUGGCCAAGCAGUUCCACUGGGAGACGCCCGCCGAUCCGGAGAAGUUCCUACAGUACAACUUCGACAUCUCCAAGGGACCCAUUUCGAUCAAAUGGAUGGAGGGUGCCUCCACCAAUCUGUGCUACAACCUCCUAGAUCGCAACGUUAGGAAUGGUCUGGGCGAUCAAAUCGCCUAUUACUGGGAGGGCAACCACCCCGACGAUUAUUCCCGUGGCCUCACCUAUCGCAAGUUGCUGGAGGAGGUGUGCCGCUUCGCCAAUGUGCUGAAGGACCAUGGAAUCCGCAAGGGCGACCGUGUGUCCAUCUACAUGCCGAUGAUUCUGGAGCUGCCCAUCGCGAUGUUGGCCUGUGCCCGCAUUGGUGCAGUGCACUCGAUCGUUUUCGCCGGAUUCUCGCCGGAUUCCCUGUCGGAGCGGAUGUUCGACUGCAAGGCUAAGCUGCUGAUUACGGCCGAUGGAGCCUGGCGUGGCGAGAAGCCUCUGUACCUGAAGGCCCUGUGCGACACGGCCUUGGAGAAGGUCGAGGAGAUGGGGCACUCGGUGGAGAAGUGCAUAGUUGUGUCGCAUUUGAAGCGCGUGACUCCCUGCCAGCCUGACCAUGUCGAGGAGGAGAUCCCAUGGACCGACGACCGGGAUUACUGGUGGCACGAGGAGAUGGAGGACAAGGAGCCAGCCUGCUAUCCCGAGUGGAUGGAUGCCGAGGAUCCGCUGUUCAUGCUCUACACCAGUGGUUCCACUGGCAAGCCCAAGGGCGUGCUCCACACCACCGCCGGAUAUCUGCUGUAUGCGGCCACCACCUUCAAGAUCGUCUUUGACUACAAGCCAGGUGACAUUUACUGGUGCACCGCCGAUGUGGGCUGGAUCACGGGACACACCUACGUGGUGUACGGACCACUGGCCAAUGGCGCCACUUCAGUGAUUUUUGAGGGCACCCCAUUCUUUCCUGGAAACGAUCGGUACUGGAGUGUCAUUGACAAAUAUAGGGUCACCCAGUUCUACACAGCUCCCACGGCCAUCCGUGCCCUCAUGAAGUACGGCGAGGGACCCGUGCUCAAGCACAACCUGAGCGGACUCAAAGUUUUGGGCAGCGUAGGCGAGCCCAUCAAUCCGGAGGCCUGGCUGUGGUACUAUCGCUACAUUGGAAAGGAGAAGUGCUCUAUUGUGGAUACCUUCUGGCAAACGGAAACCGGGGGUCAUGUCAUCACACCCCUGCCCGGAGCCACUCCCAUGAAGCCCGGAUCAGCUUCAUUCCCCUUCUUUGGCGUCAAGCCCACUUUGCUGGAUGAGUGCGGUAUCGAAAUUAAGGGAGAGGGCGAGGGAUACUUGGUCUUCUCUCAACCUUGGCCUGGAAUGAUGCGCACCUUGUAUAACAACCAUGAACGCUUUGAGGACACCUAUUUCUCGAAGUUCCCUGGCUUCUACUGCACUGGCGAUGGUGCCCGUCGCGAUGCUGAUGGAUACCUGUGGAUCACUGGCCGUGUGGACGACAUGUUGAACGUGUCCGGACAUCUGAUGUCCACCGCCGAGGUGGAGUCGGUCCUAACGGAGCAUCCUCGUGUGGCUGAGUCCGCCGUGGUCUCCCGUCCGCAUCCCGUCAAGGGCGAGUGCCUCUACUGCUUCAUCACACCCAACGAGAACGAGGUGUUUGACCAGAAGCUGAUUUCCGACCUUAAGAAGAUGGUGCGUGAGCGAAUCGGACCCUUUGCCAUGCCGGAUGUCAUCCAGAAUGCUCCCGGAUUGCCCAAAACGCGCUCCGGCAAAAUCAUGCGCCGUGUGCUGCGCAAGAUCGCUGUUAACGAUCGCAAUGUGGGCGACACCUCAACCCUUGCCGACGAGCAAAUUGUGGAGCAACUCUUCGCCAACCGGCCAGUGGAGGCCAAGUAGAUGGUAGCAGAUGGUCCAACUGGCAGCGGCUAGAAUCCCUUUCCCAAGGCUUUCUCCGGUUUGCACUGAGCACCCCACUCUGCCACCGCAAUUCUACCACUUACGUAUCCCGAUUACGUGUCCUGUAAAUCUCCCCCUACAUAUAUGAAAUACCUAUUGCUUAAUGUUGGUCCCGUUCCGGGCUACGGCGUGGUUAGCACCUUUUGAAUUCUACCUAGUUCGUAAGCCUAAGCGUGUGCGUAAGUAAGUCGACUGGUUUUCGAUCCCAGUUACUAUCGUCUAUAUCUUCUUGUGUAUUUGCCUGUUCACCGUAGUUAACAUGCUCAGCACGCACACAUUUUCCAGUUCUUUUGUUUCUUCGUUGUAGUCGUAGUUUAAGUUCUCGCUAAUUCGUUGUGAUACAAAUUUAAUUAUAUCUUACUUAUGUAUGUAUUUUUAGUAGAAUUGAUAUGAGACAAAAUAUAUACACGAUUCCAGUUGUAGCCACAAUUA